CCUCAGCUGUCAGCGUCAUAUUUUCCUCGCGUCCUCCUCCGCUCCUCGUUAGGGUUUUAGAUCUCUUCUUCCCCGAUCGCAGUGAGAAAGCGAGACACAGCGAGAGAGAAGUGCGAUCCCAUGGGUUACGACGCGAUGGCAAACAGCGCGAAGAAGAAGCGGACGAAUCGAUCGGGCAAGUUGAAGCAUUGCAGGUCCGAUGCCGGUCGCGAGCAAUGGCUUUCUCAAACCAAGGGCGAGGAUGAUUGCAAGAUUUUGGGCGAGGAUCAUCCCUCGCUGUCACGGAAAGAUGUUGGUGGCAGUAAGAUUAGGAUGAUAGGCGAGGAUGAAUCUCCCCAUCGGCAGAGGCGCAGUGAUUCGGGCCCUCCUCCGAUGCCACAUCAGCGAGGAAGUAUGAUACGCAGACGCAGUACUGAUUCUAGUUCGCCUAGUGUUACGGAUGCUGAUGAGGAGGACGAUCAUGUAGACGAUGGGGUGCUUGACGAUUGGGAGGCGGCGGCGGACGCCAUAUCAGAAGUGAAUGACUUGGCCGACCAUGACCCUGAGGAUCAUCUUGUCCCUGCGGCCCUUUCAUCGGUUGCAACUGCUUCUCCAAUCGCUAGCCGACCUACCACAAGGCCAGAACCCAUUAGAAGUGCUCCUAGAGCUUGGAAACCGGAUGAUGCAUCUAGGCCCCGUAGCCUUCCCAGUAUCUCCAAGCAGUGGAGCUUCCCUGCUAAAGUAGAUCAAAAGCUUUGCUUGGUCGGCCAACAGAAAGACACCCUUUUGUUGCCUUGCCCAUGCCCUAUCUGUUAUGAGGAUUUGGAUCCAACGGACUCCAGGUUCUUCCCCUGUUCGUGUGGCUUUCGACUCUGCCUCUUCUGCCACAAGAGGAUUCUUGAGGAUGAUGGGGGUUGCCCUGGUUGCAGGAGGCCAUAUAAUUCAUUUCUCUAUGGACAACAGACAAUCAAUUCUAUUGGGACACCACUAAUUCCACACUGUCUAUCUCGUUCUUUUAGCAUGAUCUCAAGAUCUUCUAGCAGGGAGCAUUAGUUUCUUGUUGUAGGUGCAAUUGUCAUCCAAUUAUUAAGGCAUGCAAUGUUCUUUCUGAUAGAUUGAGCAUAGUGAUGUAGCUUGGAACUUUUAUACAAUAUUGUCAAGAAAAGGCUAUCUUUACAUACCAUGUAUCAGUGUCAAUGAGCAUUUGCAUCAAUUCUCAGAACCUGUAUCUGCGAAUAUCUCUGAAGACAUUAAUAAUAGUUAUAUUUCAUCAA